AUGUUCAACCCCAACAUCCCCACACCCAACCCCGGCCGUCGCCAAGGUGACCCCAUCGUGAUUGCCGACGAUGACGAGGACGAAGAACUCGAAAACGACUACUCGGGAGAGGUCUACUUCCAAGUAUACGAAGGCGACGAAGACGCUUUAAUCCGCGAACUUGACCUCGAAGAGAGCGAAUCGGCGGAGGACGACGACGAUAUGCAGGUAGAGUACUCGUUACAGUCUUCGCGGCCUCAGUCGGGUAUAAUGGGGUUUACCUACCCAACAACACCAACCCCCAACCUAGGCCCAACUCUCUACCAAACAACCCUCGACCAAGAACGUCAAAUACGCACUCGCCUCCGCGAAGACCGCCACGCCGCGUUAUGCGUCCUCCUAGACAGGGAACUACUGACUAUUCAAGCGUUGGCGCAUCAAGAGACCCUCCCCCAAGCCCGCCGCCGAUUUCUAUCCCGCCUUCUCGCCCCCCAGGACCCCGAAGCCGCGGCCUCGAUCCGCGCAGACCGGUUCACGGUGCAGCAUCCUAGCACGAGCAGUAUUGCUUCUUCGUCGUCGACGGUUGCGAUGAUUGUGCCGCGACAGGUGGUGGAUGUGUAUGAGACGGAUGAUGCGGGGUGGAGGAGGCCGAUGAUGGAGCUCGUCGCCUGCGUCGGUGGGGUCGGGAUCGAUUUCCGGGUCUGGGUCGGCGGCGUCGAAGAUGAAGGGGAGGAUGGGGACGCCGGAUCGGGUGGGGAGGGGAGUGAGAGGGGGAAGGGGGUUGCAGCAGUCGGCGUCGUAUCGGGAGAGGGAGAGGAGGAGGGGGUUGUUUGA